GCACGUGCCCACUAACACAACACCCACACAACACCCACAGAACACCCACACAACACCCACAGAACACCCACAGAACACCCACAGAACACCCACACAACGUCAACUCAGCCCACGCAGUCAACUACUUCUACUCCACCAUCAAUCGCCAUCGCCAGCACUCCACACCACUGCAAGCCACCUACGACGCUGCAACAGCUAAUCCUGAUGGACAGAUCAAGCUCGAGUCCCGCCAUGAUGAUCGAUGCUGCAGCCUCUACAUCGCUUGAGCCCCCACGGAAGGUGCGCCGCGCGACAUUGGCAGGUCCAAGUGACUUCGGAAGCAUAGUCACCAUCAACGUCGGGAUCAAGCCUGAUCACAAGACCUUCAUGCUGCACGGACAUGCCUUGCGCAGCAGCUCGAACUACUUUGCCAUCGCGAUGGAUGUCCAGUGCGCUGUGGCUGACGAAGACAAACCGGUUAACCUCCCAGACAUAACAAUCGAAGACUUUGCCGUUUACGCAAAGUUCCUCUACACAGGCCUUCUCUUCACGAAAGAGGCCAACGUCACUGAGCUCACGCGGUGCCUGCAUCUGUACAAAGUCGCGAAACACCUCGAAGCGAUGGACUUCCAAGAUGCCAUAGUCGACGCCCUCAUCGAAAACAUCGUCGAGUUCCGCGCACUCAAAGGUCAAUGCCGCUUCACAGCAACUCAGAUUACGACCAUCUACACCAUGACUGAAGAAGACUCGCCUUUACGCAAGUUCGCACAGGACUUAUGCUUACAGUCGAAAGGACCCCAGGGGUUCGAAAAAAGACGACUGAAGGACUUUCCGGUGGACUUCCAACUCGAUCUGCUUACAGCUGCUGCCCCUUUCAUCACUUCGUCGGCAAAGUCGACUGACAUGCAAGAUCCGUUGGACCUCGGUAGAUCUUGCAAAUAUCACAAACACACCGUUCUCGGAACGCCUUGCUACAGAACAAAGUACCAAUUCAUGCCGGACGAGCCAGUUGUUGUUGCAGCAAGUGUUGCAGCAAGCGUUGCAGCGAAGUCUAAGCCGGCCGCUGGGAGCAGACGACAGACUGAACGCUUAGCAAGCAACGACUUCGAGUUGAGAGUCUGACGCGGCAACAUCGCCUUCACCAAAGUGCUUGGUUGGCAGGCAGCAUGCAUAAUGCAGCAGGGUUUCUAGAGUUAUGUCAAGCACCGCCUAAGU